AUGCCUCCUCGAGACAGUACCGCCAACUAUACUACCGCUGGUGCUUUAUCGGACGAUUCAGAUCUCGAUGAUCUUUUCGAUGAGCUUGAAGAAGAUGAGGAACUAGAUGGAAGCCAAAGGAGAGAUAAGAAACCGAAGAGAAAAGGUCCAGUUGACAGUGCAGAAUUAAUUAAAGGUUCACUUGUGAAACCUCAUAAUAUCGCUAUAGCUGCUAAAUCCCUUCAUGGAAUGAUUCAUCAAGGCGAUGUCGAAUUAUGUCCUGCAUAUCAAAGAGAUGUCGUUUGGCCUGAAGCCAAAAUGAUAGCUUUGAUUCAAUCACUGUUCAUGAAUUUUUACGUCCCUCCUGUAAUCUUUGCUGUCGAGAGAGAAGGUACCCAAGAAAAAAGAAUUUGUAUCGAUGGUAAACAACGAUGUUCUUCCAUUCUGAAUUUCAUGGAUGGCAAAAUUCCCUUCAUUUCGCCUAAUACGAAAGAGAAAUUUUGGUACAAUAAGCUCGACUCGCAUCGAAGUGGGAAACAAUUGCCUCGAGAUCUCAAGUCGAACUUUGAUUUGCUUCAAUUGGCAGCUGUAGAAUAUCACGGUAUGACUGAUUCUCAGCAGAGGGAUGUUUUCCAACGUGUGCAAUUAGGUGUUGCUUUGUCUGCUGCUGAGAAACUACAAGCUCAUUCUGGACCAUGGCCUGGAUGGAUCAUAGAACUUGACAAGCGAUACAUUGCAGCAGCAGAUACACUCGGAACAAACCUCAGGUGGGAUUUGAGAAGAGGUCGAUCGUUCCAGAAUCUUCUCGGUUUCGUCGCAAUGGCACGUGAAAGUACCCCAUCUAAGAUAUGGCAGCCUACAGCCACCUUACUCAGGCAUUUUGUCGAGAGGAACGAUGCUCCUGAUCAAGAAUUCAAGUUACGAGCGCAAUUGGCUUUAUCCAUUUUCAUCAAUAUCGCUGUGAAUCACUUUGACGCAGCCUUUGAAACCACUUCAACCCCACGUAUAGCUCCUGUCGAAUUCUGGUUCAGUUCAUAUCUCAUCUACAGUCGAAUGGGCUUCCUCUCAAUCGAAUCCAUCGCUCGAGAGAUCGGAAAGAUGCGAGCUAUGAUUCGAGUCCAUGUUCCCGGUAACGUUUCUACAAAUACCACGGUCAUGGGUCUUUUGAGUCAUUUCAUUGAUGGUAUACCCAAAAAAAGGAAGGCCAAUGAAAUACCAGCUGCUGAACAAUAUGAAGAUGAUGACGAUGUUGAUGAAAGAGAUGCUAGAGCAAUGAAAAGAUCUCGUAGAGCAGAAGAACAAGAUCCAACUUUUGUCGAAGCGAGGACUGAACGAACAGUAGCUUCACCGCCUAAAACCACUACUAGGGCAAAAGCACCCACAAUCACGACCACAAACUCAACCACUGCCCCUUCCUCGAGCUCAUCCGUUCAGCAAUCUCGACCUACCCCUCUAAACGUAUCAGCUACUUCUACAUCUCACAGACAAAUCGCUUCACUUCCUACACCGAGUACUGCGAAUCAUCAACAACCGGCAAAUGGCCAGCAAUAUCAAUCAUCAAAUGUAGCCAACAAUCAACAGGGUGUAUAUCAAAAUGGUCAAUAUCAAUCUGGCGGUACAAGUAUGUCAGCCGAACAAAUGAGACAAUAUACAGAAGCUAGAGUCAAACAACAAUAUCCACAACAGCAACAAAAUCAAAACAACAGUAAUCAAUACUAUGGUAGAUAA